UUGAGAACGAGAACCGGAAGCACACUAGUAGAUGCAGCACGUGUGUGUUCUUCAGAGAAACAACAAUCGUUGAGGGAACUUGUUAAAGUUUCUGUCUUUAUUUUUAUUCUUGUAAAUAUGACCAAGACGAAGAAAGAGAAGAGUGCUGCCGAGGAGGAGACGGGAGGGACGGAGAAAUCCUACCAGGAGUUACUAGCUAAUAUAAACCCCAUAGCUAACCCGCUGGCCUCGCGCAAAUUAAGCAAGAAGUUGUACAAGUGUGUGAAAAAAGCGGCCAAGCAGAAACAGAUCCGCCGAGGAGUGAAAGAAGUACAGAAAUUCAUCAACAAGGGAGAAAAGGGGAUUGUGGUCCUCGCCGGAGAUACGCUUCCAAUUGAUGUGUACUGCCACUUACCCAUCAUGUGUGAGGACAGAAAUCUGCCCUAUGCUUACAUUCCAUCGAAAGUGGACCUGGGAUCCUCAGCUGGUUCAAAAAGGCCCACUUGUGUGAUCAUGAUCAAACCACAUGAAGAAUACAAGGAGGCUUAUGAUGAGUGUCUGGAGGAAGUUUCUGCUCUGCCCAAGCCUUUAUGAGUUUCUGCUUGUUCUGCGUGAACAUGCACACUGUAUGUGACUUAGACAUUAAGUCAUUAUUGAAUUGGUGGGAUGUUUAGAAGUUAUACCACCUAAUUCACUUCCUCUGUGCUUCAUGGACUAUUGAAGGUUGUUGAUUUGGUCAAUGACCUCAGGUUUUCUCGUAUGAUCAGCAGAAAUAGUGACCGAUUCAUUUUUAUAUAUAUAUUUUUUUUGGCUGAAACAUGGGUUGAAUCUGUCCUCUUGUAUUAAGAGUGUUUGUUUUGUCACUAUUUUCAGCAUCUGUUUUAGAUUAUUGCUUUUAUUUGGAAGAAUAUCUUAUUGUUUUUGGACUGUUGGGCCUUUUGAGAAGAUAUGUAGGAAAAUCUUCAAAUCGGUGCUUUCUAAAACACGUUAAUUAACUUUAACUCUUGUGCAAAAAAAAUGGCCCAUGGUUAUGCCAGCACAUUGUUGAUUCGAAGUAGGGGGCAGUACAUGUAACACAUUUUGACAGGUUGCCCAUAAUCUGUCCAUCAUCUGUGUUAACUGUGAAAGCUGAGUGUAAUAACAUCGCUAUAAAGUGUAAGAAAAAUAAAUCAACUCAUUGUUUGUU